AUGGACAGGCGGCUGAGGGGCGCGGCCAUCCCCUGCUUGCUGAGCCUCUUACCAACUGCACUGGGCCUUGUGCACCCAGAAUGUGACUUCAUCGCACAGUUGAGAGAGGAUGAGCAUGCAUGUCUUCAAGCAGCAGAGAGGAUGCCCAACACCACCCUGGGCUGCCCUAGCACCUGGGAUGGGCUGCUGUGCUGGCCAAAGGCAGGCUCUGGCGAGUGGGUCACCCUCCCCUGCCCAGAUUUCUUCUCUCACUUCAGCUCAGAGUCAGGGGCCGUGAAGCGGAAUUGCACUGUCACGGGCUGGUCCGAGCCCUUCCCACCUUACCCUGUGGCCUGCCCUGUGCCCCUGGAGCUACUGGCUGAGGAGAAAUCUUACUUUUCCACGGUGAAGAUCAUCUAUACCAUGGGCCACAGCAUCUCUGUUGUAACCCUCUUCGUGGGCAUUGCCAUCCUGGUCACUCUCAGGAGGCUCCAUUGCCCCCGGAACUACAUCCACACUCAGCUGUUUGCCACCUUUAUCCUCAAGGCGGGAGCCGUGUUCCUGAAGGAUGCCACCCUCUUCCAUGGCGACAACACUGACCACUGCAGCUUCUCCACUGUUCUGUGCAAGGUCUCUGUGGCUGCCUCCCAUCUUGCCACCAUGACCAACUUCAGCUGGCUGUCGGCCGAAGCUGUCUACCUGACCUGCCUCUUGGCUUCUACGUCACCCAGUGUGAGGUGCCCCUUCUGGUGGCUGGUUCUUGCUGGCUGGGGGUUUCCAGUGCUCUUCGUUGGCACCUGGGUGGGCUUCAAGUGGGCCUUUGAGGAUAUUGCGUGCUGGGACCUGGACAACAGCUCCCCCUACUGGUGGAUCAUCAAGGGGCCCAUCAUCCUCUCUGUCGGGGUGAACUUUGGGCUUUUUCUCAAUAUUGUUCGCAUCCUGUUAAGGAAACUGGAGCUGGCUCAGGGCAGCCUCCACACCCAGUCUCAGUAUUGGCGUCUCUCCAAAUCAACACUUUUCCUCAUCCCUCUGUUUGGAAUUCACUACAUCAUCUUCAACUUCCUGCCUGACAAUGCCGGCCUGGGCAUCCGCCUGCCCCUGGAGCUGGGGCUGGGUUCCUUCCAGGGAUUCAUCGUUGCCAUCCUGUACUGCUUCCUCAACCAAGAGGUGAGGACUGAGAUUUCUCGAAGGUGGCACGGCCACGACCCUGAGCUUCUGCCAGCCCGGCAGACCCGCUCCAGAUGGACAAUGCCCUCCGGCUCUGGGGUGAAGGUGCUGACAUCUGUGUGCUAG